CGGAGGCUAUAAGACAGGCUGACAAAAGCAGCGGUCUUUCUCUGACACGUCUUCGUUGAAGAAGCAAAUAUUCACUUAUCGGGAUAAAAUGAACGGUGUGAUCGGUGGGAGCCCUGUCCACGGUCCGCCACGGCAGUGCUUCACCUGCACCCACGCUGACUGUAGCGCGACUUUCAGCAGGCAGUGGAAACUGAAAGAGCAUGAGUCGGUGCACACCGGAGAGCGCCCGUGUCGGUGCACGUUUGCUGGCUGUGGUCGUAGUUUCACGAGACGAUACCACCUGAGGCGCCACAUGCUGCUUCACACAGGAGUGAAGCAAUUCAAAUGCACAUUCGCUACUUGCACGAAGAGUUUCUUUGGCGCAGACCAACUGAAAAAACAUGUGCGCUACGCCCAUGGAGAAGAGUGCUUCAAGUGUAACCAGCCAGGCUGCUCUUUGACCUUCAAAAAACGCAGAAAGUUACGACUGCACCUGAAAGAGCAUGGUGUUCCUGCUAAGUUCAAGUGUCAAAAAGACGGAUGUGGUGCAAUGUUUGACUCUCACACUGAACGCAAAGCCCAUGAGAAGAAGCACACAGGUUACCGCUGUCCUCAUGACGAAUGCCAGGCGCUUGAACACACGUGGGGCAAACUUCAGAAGCACAGGGCCAAACACUCGGCCACAUUCACAUGCAGUGUGUGCAAGAAGGUGUUUAAGAAAGCGAAAGGUCUGCGGAGGCACAAACGGUCCCAUGCAUCCCAUAAGCCUGUGCUGGUUUGUCCCAGGGACAACUGCAAGGCCUACUUCUCUACAACCUUUAACCUGCAGCACCACAUCCGUAAGGUGCACCUCCAGCUCUUCAAAUACAAAUGCUACUUCCCCAACUGUCCACGCACGUUUGCUAUGCGGGAGAGUUUGACCAGACACCUGUAUAGCCAUGACCCAGACCCCACCUCUUUGAAGAAACGUCGGCGGCCCAAGAAAUCCUGGCAGAAGCGUUUGAACGGACACAACUGGACCCUUGUAGAGGACAAUCUGCGUCGUCUGUUCACCCGCCACGUGCAGGUCUCGCGACGUGCCAAAGUAGAGGCAGAGCUCUCGGGCCUCUUCAAUGAGCGCAAGAUCCCACACGCUGUUGGCACAGAGGCCGACCUACGCAGCUUGUUCAGUAUGAAACUGCCUGAGCCCUUGGAGGAACCUGAGGUUCCUGGAGGUGUGCCCCUCAGUAGCAGCUGCUGGAGUGCUGUCCUCAGGACGGUUAGUUCAGUAUCAUUUAAUGCCAGUGGAAAGAGCAUCUCAUUGUUGGUGCAGUGCUCAAGUUCUUCCCCUCUUUGCUGAUGGACUCAAAGCUCAGGGCUUAAGCUGCCUGACUGACCAGAUGUCGCUGCUAGAGAAUAUCUUAACACUUCUCUGAAAGUGGGGCCAGAACCCUGUUACAAGCUUCAUAAAUGUUGGCUUUAUGGCAGAGCAGUAACCCUACUUAUAAAAUGUCCUGACUGCUGUGUAAUCAUAUAAACGGGUUAAUCAAAUAGUUUCAGUUCACCAAUUGUUUAAUCCGCUAAUUGUUGCCGUUUUAGUUUGCAGCAAGCACAGAACACUAAAAGCUUGUUAGGGUAGAUGUCACAUUUUGCUGCAUUUUAUAUUAGGGGUGAAAUGUCUUAGAUUUGUCCUUUGUGUUGUAAAAACUUGCUCUAGUCUUUGUUACUAAGUCACUCUAAAAAAUCAAAUAUACAAAACAAAUUAAAGGGCUUCAGAAUUUAAUAUGUUCCCUUUUUAUUUCAGAUGGUCUGUUAAAAAUUUCCUUUUGGUGUUAAAUGAUUCCUCCUUUUCUUGGCCCAGUGGAGCAAAGCCAGGUCCAUUUCAAAGCUCCAGCCAAGCUCUGUAACUGCCUGGCAGUUUGAGUCAGGAUGGCGUCUUCACUGCUGUGUUUCUCUUUCCCGUGCCAAAAGACAUUCUUUCUGCUUUGCAGUCUCAGGCUACCUUCCUAACAUCCCUAGCUGUGGCGUUACCUCUUUUGGUCCAUACGUUAAAGGAGCUGACCUGCAUGCUCAGUCACACUGGAGGGGCUGCACACAACCACAGCUGACUGUCUUCUAAAUCCCUAAUAAUCUUGCCUACAUUGUAUCUCACCCCUUUGCAAAAUGU